UUUGGUCAUGAAUACAUGCCUGGCGUCGGUUCAAGGAAUAUAUUUAAUCCAGUUCUGUGCAAUUACGCCAACUUGUGCGCAUAUGCUAUUAAUCGCGAAUGCGAUUGGCUGCAACAAAAUAAACGUCAAGGGCGCACCUCUCCCCUGCCUCCCUCUUUUCGACCAGCUUCAGUUGUUUGUAAGUUGACAGGAAUGGCGUCUUGUGAAAUAAAAGAAACGUUGGUGUUUAACAACAGCACAGGAACCGUGGGAUCAAAUGAUAAUCUCAGUAAGAUGGACACGACGGAUAUUGCCACAACAAAUAACCAUGUGCACAAGGAAGAAAAAAUGGAAGAUAUUCCGGCUGAAGAAAUGACCUCCCGGGACUAUUACUUCGACUCGUAUGCUCAUUUUGGAAUACAUGAAGAAAUGUUAAAAGAUGAAGUAAGGACUUUGACGUACCGUAACUCAAUGCACCAUAAUAAACACUUAUUCGCGGGUAAAACUGUGAUGGAUAUUGGGUGUGGAACGGGAAUUUUAAGUAUGUUUGCUGCCAAAGCUGGUGCUAAGCGUGUUUUUGCAAUUGAAUGCUCCAAUAUCGUUGAUUAUGCACGAAAAAUCGUUGAAAUGAAUAAGCUGGAUCACGUUAUUACCAUAAUUAAAGGCAAGGUUGAAGAAGUUGAAUUACCCGAUGGAGUCCAGAAUGUGGAUAUAAUUAUCUCCGAGUGGAUGGGCUAUUGCUUAUUCUACGAAAGUAUGUUGGAUACAGUAUUAUUUGCGCGCGAUAAGUGGCUUAAACCUGACGGCCUAUUAUUCCCCGAUCGUUGCUCUCUGUUUAUUACCGCGAUUGAGGAUAGACAAUACAAAGAUGAAAAAAUUAAUUGGUGGGAUGACGUGUAUGGCUUUGACAUGAGCUCCAUCCGUAAGGUGGCCAUCAGUGAACCAUUGGUGGAUGUCGUGGAUCCAAAACAAAUUGUUACCAAUUCAUGCUUAGUGAAAGAGGUUGAUUUGUACACUGUAAAGAAGCAGGACUUGGAAUUUGCAGCACCAUUUAGUUUAAUAGUUCGUCGAAAUGACUACGUCCAAGCUCUUGUCACUUUCUUCACAGUGGAGUUCACUAAAUGCCACAAGAGGAUUGGAUUUACAACUGCCCCAGAUGCACCUUACACACACUGGAAGCAAACAGUGUUUUAUUUUGAAGACUACAUGACUGUUAAAAAAGGUGAAGAAAUUAGUGGAACUUUUACAAUGAAACCUAACCCAAGAAACAAUCGAGACUUGGACUUCGUUAUCGAACUUAAUUUUAAAGGCGAACUGUGCGAAGUUCAUGAAAACAAUAGAUACCGUAUGCGUUAAAACAUUCAAUUGGAAAUACAAGUGCUUAUUUUUCAACUUCCCAAAUGAUAUUUUCACAACUUUUUUCAGACAUCUUGAUUUUUGAGGCUAGUCUAACAGUUUUAUUAUUCCCUCAUGAGAAGCCAGUGUGUUUAUAAUGUACAGUUCUUUUUUUAUCAGUUUUGCUUGUUUUAAAUUGCUGUUUUCAGUAUCCCCCAUCAUGAAUCUCCCUGUGCAUUUUAAAAUUAGGCAGAUAAUAAGUUGUAACAUUUUUUUUUAUUAGUUGUACAUCUUGGUACAUGUUGUAAUUGUUUUGCCGGUGUAAAUUUUUAAAAUACUUUGAAAGCAGCUGAUUAUUGUAGGAUAACAACAAUGAAUACUUACUAUCAAUAUUAAAAGAAAAGAUUUAAGUGAAUAAUUAGUUUCAGUACCUAUUACUAUUAUGGAUUAAGUAUGUAAUUCUUGCAAGUUUACAUUGUAAACAAUAUAAUAAUAAAAGGAAGUCCUUUAA